AUUUCCAUUCUUUUCUUUCACUACAUAGUUUUUUCAGAAGAAGACUCCUUCAAGGAUGAAGGUGGAUCUUAAAACUUGUUGGGGCGACGGAAACCAAUGGCGCCGAGGCACUUUGCUCGGAAAAGGCGGUCACGGAGCGGUUUUUCUAGGGCUGCUGAGUUCAUAUAAUCCCCCGAGGUAUAUUGCAGUAAAAUCAGCUGAUGCUUCCAAGUCAAAAUCGCUCAAAGCUGAGAAAAAGAUACUAUCAUAUAUGGUAGGCUCCCCAUAUAUAAUCCAAUGUUAUGGAGAAGAAACCACAACCCGAAGCGAUGGAAAUCUAGUUUAUAACCUGCUCCUGGAAUAUGGUUCUGGUGGGAGUCUUGCCACCAGGAUUCACAGUUCUCCAGGAAACGAUAAUAAUAAGAUGUCGGAAUUGGAAGUGAGAUGGUACACGAUAUCGAUUCUUCAAGGAUUGUUUUAUAUUCAUGAAGUCGGGUUCGUGCAUUGUGAUCUCAAGCCUGGAAAUAUAUUGCUGGUGCCCUGGAGGAUGACACCAAGCGGGAAGGUACUGUCUAUGGCGAAGAUUUGCGAUUUCGGGUUGGCGAAAAAGGCUGCACCGCUACAGCGAAAUCAGAAGAGGAAGCGGGAAUCCGAGAAAACCGAGAAGAAGAAUAGGUGGAGGGGUACGGUUAGGUACUUGUCUCCAGAAGCCGUAAGGGACGGCGUGCAAGAACCGGCUAGUGAUAUGUGGGCGCUUGGAUGCGUCGUGCUUGAGAUGUUGUCUGGACAGCGUCCGUGGGAGGUUGAACAUCAGACAGGUGGGAAGGAAGCGGUCCUGGAAAAGAUUCGAAAGGGUGAUUCUGUGCCUGAGAUUCCUGGAGGCAUAUCGUCAGAUGCUCGUGAUUUCCUGAGGUGUUGUUUGAGAAAAUCGGCGGCGAAUAGAUCAUCAGCCAAAACACUGUUGCUUCAUCCCUUUGUUAACAAUCUUCAGUCAUAUCUUAAAUGA